AGUUUGCAGUUGAGAGCGGCUGAAAGAGGGCAAUUUGAUCAACCCACACACUCUGCUCACCCUCACAGAGAUUUAAUCUUUUACGGUAGCUGGUUGGUUAGUGAGUCACCUGGUUAGUGAGUCAACCUCUGCAGAGGUUUGUCGCACACUCGCACUCAUCGACUGUGAUCUCGUGCUCAGGGUUCUCUCAUUGAUCAAGGGACUUUUUCAGGCCGUCUUCUGUGUCUUCUGAACUUUUAGAAGCCUCCGCUCCGUCUCCUGGCACAAACCUGACCUGGGCUGGUGGUCCAAUCUUCGACUCUCUCAUAGGUAGCGCUGAGGAACACGGCGGAAGAUCAGAAGGUCUGUGGCGGGAGAUGAGACGGGACCCAUCCACUCAGCUUGGGAGGUGAUUGGGCGCAGCGACGACAGAGGAGGAGAGUCGUUGACAAAGAGGGAGGGAGGAAAGAGCCAAGUAGGUCACUGGGGGCCCAGAUCAGCUCAUCGGGGAGGAAAGAAGCAAAGGGUACAGAGAAGGAGAAAGCGAGCAAAGAGGUCUUCAGACAUGGCAGAUGUUUGGUUACAGUAGUCGCCUCAUGUGGACCAGAUACUGUGGAGGACACGAGACCAGCCGCAGGCCCCGAAACUUCACCGAUCCUCCAUCCUCCGUCCAAUUGUCUCUCCAAUCAACGUUUGUCCUCGGGCGUAGAUGAACCAUGGACCCCUCCUGGUUCUUCCUGGUUCUGUCGGCCGCCGUCUUCGUCUCCAUCGUCCUCCUGGCCGUCGUCUGCCUGGACUGCUGGAACAAGGGCGCGCUGGUCUCCAUCAGGCAAACUAAUGCCUCGGAGGAAUACAUGCAAUCCACUGAAUUCAGAGUCAUCCAUCCACUGCAGCCAGCCGGGGAUCUGAACUCCAUCCGCUCCGCUCCCCACCUGCUGUCACCACACAGAGUUGUCUCACCUUCAGCUGAUCCCGGAACCCAGCGGAGACACCGGUCCUUCACCCCAACAGAGACUGGACCUGAAUACGUAAACCCUGACCCAAACCUUCCUGACAGUGACAUAGAAGAUCCCGGAUACAUCACCGUGAUACCCGACGUCGAAGCCCCUACUCCGUCGAGCGAGAGCCGAGCCUCGACGCCGAGUUCAGAUGUUCGACACGAUUACGUGAACCUCGAAGAGGAACGAGACUAUCUGAACGUGGAUCCGCUGCUCUCUCAAAAUGAAAAAAUUAAUGAAGGGAACAAUCGCUUCAAAAUCAAUAUUAUGGUUCGUUGGAGCCUUACAACUCAGUGACAUCUGCUGAGGACGAUCAGCUGAUUCCACGUCGAGGCCGACGAGAGAUUUCUGGAGUUGACAAAGGCUUUUUUUCUAUGAAAGUCGCUCCGUUUUCACUGGUCAGUUUGUCUUGAUAUUCAGCGCAUGUUCAUGCCCCCCAGAGGAUGAUCCCUGGUGCUACUGGCGACCUUGUGAUGUUUUGUCUUGCAUCUUCAUCACCACCUAAACACACGAGAUCUUAAUCUAAAGAGCAGAUUACCGUGAGAUACACAGAGGGGGCGAACUCUUAACAUUUUGGAGACACUUACAGGUCACACGUCCAUUUAAUGUGCGUUUUAAUUUCUCGUUUUGUACCAGAAUCAAAACCAGAGUUGUUGCCUCAAAGCGACACCGACGACGACGACGAUGACGACGACGACUAUGAGGGGAACUACGU